CAUACUUGCUGUGAAAGCAAACUCUGCAAUAUGGAUUACUGUAUGGUGAAGACAUAUCAAGAACGCUAAGAAAGAGGAAAUUAUGGCAACGAGAAGAGAGAAACAGAGAGAGGUAAUAUGAUGUCAUGUAUCCUUCUACUCCCGGUCUUGACCCGAGCGGUCAUCUCUCACCCCUCGCCUUCCUUAACCUAGGAGUUGGUCAUUGGUCGGCCUUUUCCUUUGGUGGCAGGGCGUUGGCUCGUCACAUUUGACUACAGUUCCACUGCAGUUAGAAAUGCCCCCCAUAAAAGGAUGUUUUGCUUAAUAGUGCCCUCUCGAGCUCCGUUUCCAGUUCAUUUCCUCGUUCUUCUCUCUGUCGCAGUACAAAGAAGAGGCAGCUGAAAGGGUAGAGAGCCAAGCUUGGAUGGACAUGGAUCCUCAUGAUACAUUUGAUACUGACCUUUCUCUUGGGCUAGGCAUCGGUCCUGCGAGCACAGCAUCGGCCGAUGACUGUCGUCGUCGGCAACGAGGAUGUUGCUCGCCUUGCACGAACCUGUUCCCUGACGAGCCGUCCCUCAGCUUGAGCCUCUCCGAUGAUGCCUCCGGUGGUGGCCGGACCAUGCAAAAGGCUGAAGCUGAUAGGCCAGCGCAGCUAUCGUCUUCUCGUAGCGCAGCCUCCUCGUUCUCCUCUGCUGCGUACGUAGCGAUCCCGAAGAAGAAGAAGAAGAAAAAGAAGAAGGAGGAGGAGGAUGAUGUGGGAGCCGAGGUGGAGAGAGUUUCAUCUCGUGGUAGCGAUGAGGAGGAGAACAGCAGCGGCAGGAAGAAGCUUAGGCUCACGAGAGAGCAGUCCGCUCUGUUGGAGGACAGAUUCAAGGAGCAUACUACCCUAAAUCCGAAACAAAAGCAAGCGUUGGCCAAGGAUUUGAAUCUGCGGCCCCGGCAAGUGGAAGUGUGGUUCCAGAACAGGAGAGCAAGGACGAAGCUGAAGCAGACCGAGGUCGACUGUGAGUUCCUUAAGAAGUGCUACGAGGCGCUGACCAACGAGAACCAGAGGCUACAUAAGGAGCUGCAGGAGCUCAAGGCUCUCAAAUUCGCGCAGCCACUGCUCCACAUGCAGCUCCCGUCGGCGGCCGCCCCCCUCACGAUGUGCCCAUCCUGCCAGAGGAUCAGCGGAGGCGGCGGCGACGCCAAAGACAGUUCCAAAGCACCAAAACCCGGUCACUGCUUGAAUCCUUUUUCUCAUUCAGCUGCAUGCUGAACCCACAGCCUCUCCAUUUUUACAGGGAGCUGGGGAAGCAUCUUUCAUACGAUUUGCUUAAACUAUAUCUCAAGUCAAUCAUAAAAGAAGGGAGGAUUCCAAUAGCUUCUCGAGGUACAAAGAUCUACAUGCGUUCGGGAAUGUUAUUGUUGUGAUUGAAGUGCUUGAUUCAUGAGCUGUAUCGAAGAAACAUAUCUGCAUCUCUUCUAUUCAUCUGUUGUUAGAUCAAACAAUGAGUUGUUUGGGCAUGAA